GGAGUUAGCGAUGAGUUAAUAGCAAAAGUAAAAACUGUGACUCAGGAGUACGAGCUGACCAAAGCGGGCGAUGUCUACACCCAGACAUUGUCGGGAAACAAUGCCACUGCAGUUAAGUUUGAAUUGGGCAAAGAGUUUGAUGAGAUCAGACCAGAUGGUAAAUCUGUUAAGAGUUUGGUGGUCGCUGAUGGCAAUAAAUUGAUCCAGACACAAAAGGGCGACCAAGAGAUUAAGUACGUGCGUGAGUUUAAUGGCACCGAACUGAAAACUACUAUCACGUACGGUCCAGUCGUCGCUGUCCGCGUGUACAACAAGGUUUAAUAGACAGAAUAAUCUUGGUGGUUGUUUUUUUAUUUUGAC